AAUCUAAGCUGCAAAAAUAAGAGACCUCCGAAGAAAAAAUGUUGAGAAAUUAUGUGAACCCAAAAUCAAUCUCCAAGCCUAAUAUAACAACAUCAUGUAUUUACUCUUUUUAUCUCAAGAGAGGAAGUGCGAGUGGAGGGAGGGAAGAAGGAAGAGCUUCUUCGACGGCGGAGGAGUUCACAAGACAAGGUGUUGCUAGCCAAACAGUUGAGAAGGCUUUUGACGGAGCUGCGGUGGCGGUAAACGUCUCCGGUGAUUCUGAGGCGGAUGUGGAGAAGGUGAAAGAGGCGUUUUUAGAUAAGAAAGACUAUAAUUAUAAGAAGAGACCUGAGGAUGAUGAUGAUGGUUUGCCUAUCAACACGGCUAAAGGAAUAUAACGUAUGUGCAUUUGUUAGAUAUCACUUGUAAAGUAGUAGUAUGUAAUAAUAUGCAUCAUGUAUCAUGUAUGUAAUAUUAUAGGCUUCAUG